AUGUUGCGUGCAAGCGUCAGCUCGAGCUACUUGGUAACGCUAGCUUUGCUGGCUUUGGUUGCAACACCUAUUCAAGCUCAAGACACGGCAUCGACGACCACGUCUGCUGCUAUGUCAACUGCGUCCACCUCUGCUACACCGUCAAGCUCUACUGCCUCCUCAGCUUCGGCAAUUGUGGCUCCCUACAUGGCUUCCUGCCCCACCGAACUCGAGCUGCAAAUCACAAGCUGUCUUGACAUCGUGGCCCGUGAUGGAGCAGUGCUGCCGUGCAACGCAGAUGAUUGGUGGUGCAACUGCAACAACUGGCAAGGUAUCAUUUCAUGCUACCAGCCAUGCCCUAACCUCCAGGACCAGCUCGAUAUCAACUGGAAUCAGCAAAAUUGCCAGGGGCAGCACGGCUUUGCCAACCAGUUCGGAGGCAACUCGUCGGGCACAUAUGUUGGGUCCAAGCUUUCCACCACGGGCUCGAACGGCGCAACGAGAAGCAUCUACAGCGAUAUGCCAGUGGUAACAUUGGAUGCGACAGCAAGCGCAUGGGCAUGGUCAUCGACAGCGUCCGUUUCGAGCCAGCAACGCUCGUCGUCUUCGGCCUCGCGGCACUUUGCGAUCCCAGCAGGAAUCCUUGCGUCCUCGCUCGUACUCGUCGCAGCUUCCGACUUCCUCAUUCUCUAG